CUGGUCGACUACGACUCGGCGCGAGACGGGUUCGAUUGGUAUCGGGACGGCUUCUCCCAACUCGACUGGCUGCCCGGCGGCGGCCUCAACAACGCUUACGAAGCCAUCGACCGCCACGUCGCACAUGGUCAUGGCGACAAGUUGGCGAUGAUAUGGGUCGGCAAGAACGGAGAAGAAGAGCGGUACACCUACUCCGACAUGAAGGAGCAGUCCGACCGAUUUGGCGCGGUUGAUGAAUGGCUGGGCAUCGAACGGGCUGACAAGGUCUUCAUUUUCAUGGACCGGCUGCCCGAACUGUAUAUCGCAGCACUCGGCGUUCUGAAGGCAGGCGGCGUUAUCGGCCCGCUGUUCUCGGCGUUCGGCCCUGACCCGGUGCUGGACCGGAUGGUCGACGCGGGCGCGAGAUUUCUUAUAACCACGCCCGAGCUGCGCAAUAAGAUCGCCGAAAUCCUGCCCAAGGUGGAGACACUCGAAAAGGUGAUAAUCGCCGACAAGGACGGCAGAUCGGGCGAGCCGCUGGCGGAGGGCGACCUCGACUACUACACGCUCAUGUCCGAGGCCGAUUCAUCCGGAUUCCAGAUCGCCGACACCAGCCAGUACGACUACUCGAUCAUGCACUACACGUCGGGCAGUACCGGCAAGCCGAAAGGCGUGCUUCAUCGGCACCAGGCCGUUGUGCAGCAGUACAUGACCGGCAAGUGGUGCCUCGACCUUAAUUUCGAUGACAUGUUCUUCUGUACUGCCGACCCGGGCUGGGUAACCGGCACCUCCUACGGGAUGAUGGCGCCGUGGACAAACGGCGUGACGAACCUGAUCUACGAGGGCGGGUUCGGGGCCAACGCCUACUACGACCUGAUCGACAAGUACAAGGUCACCGUGUGGUACACCGCGCCGACCGCGGUCCGGCUCCUCAUGCGCGCCGGCUCUGGCCCUGUUGAAUCGCACGACCUUUCGUCCCUCCGAUUCAUCGCCAGCGUGGGCGAGCCACUCAACCCCGAAGCCGUCGUGUGGGGCAACGAGCAAUUCAACAUGGCGAUCCACGACAACUGGUGGCAGACCGAAACCGGGGCGAUCAUGUGCUCAAACUAUGCCUCGAUGGAGGUGCGCGCCGGCUCGAUGGGCAGGCCGGUCCCGGGCAUCGAAAUGGCAGUCCUCGAUGAGGACUACAACCCGAUGCCGCCGGGCCAGGCGGGCAUACUCGCUGUCAGACCUGGAUGGCCGGCGAUGAUGCAUGCCUAUUGGCGGCAGGACGAGAUGUACGCCUCCCGCUUCAAGAAGGGCUGGUACAUCACCGGAGACCAGGCAUCAUUGGACGAAGACGGGUAUUUCUGGUUCCAGGGCAGGGCGGACGACGUUAUCAACACGGCGGGACACCUGGUGGGCCCGUUCGAGGUCGAAAGCGCGCUGAUCGAGCACGCCGCAGUGGCCGAGGCCGGCGUAAUAGGAAAGCCGGACCCGAUCGCCAUGGAGGUCGUGAAGGCUUUCGUCACGCUAAACCCCGACUACGAAUGGUCUACCGACUUGCGCCGUGAGUUGAUGCAGUUCACAGGCGAGAGACUGUCCCCGGCGAUCGCCCCGCGGGAGAUUGACGUCCUGGACGUGAUGCCAAAGACGCGUUCAGGAAAGAUCAUGCGGCGGCUGCUUAAGGCGCGCGAGCUCGGCCUCCCUGAAGGGGACAUCUCAACUCUUGAAGACGACUAG